UGGAUUGAUUCACCUGUUGUUGUUCAUGCAGGUGUUGUCCUUGAGGCUAAAAACUUGUUGCUUCUCCCAAUAUGGGAUAAUUUGUGAAACGCUUGGAAAAAGUCACUGCAGCUUCCGAUACCUCCACAUGCAUUUUAACGCCUGCAGGCACUUUGCCGCCAUCUUCCCAUCAGAGUUCCGGGCCCAGCAUCCUGAGAAUGUCUGUUUACAAUUGGAGGAAGCUGAAGGAGACGUAAAUGUCAAAUUGUCUCUAAACCUGGAUAAUAAGGACACCACACUCAUAGAUAAGGACUUCAUUCAGCAAGACAGCAUAUUCACCUGCCUCAGCAUACAGGCUCCCAUUCCUGACGAAAAUGAGGUGGUCGGCAAACUAACUCUUUCAAUUACAAGUUUAGGGGAUACCCUCACCAACACUAGUAAAGUUCUUGUAAAAAAAGAACAAUCCAAAAUUUUGGUCCAAACAGACAAACCUGUGUACAAACCUGGACAAACUGUGAAAUUCAGGAUUCUGUCCCUUACUGAAGAUUUCAAACCAGAAAAUACUUUUAUCCCAGUGAUAGAAUUACAGGCUCCAGGCAAAAACCGGAUUGGACAAUGGUUAAAUGUAAAUCUCAAUCAGGGUAUUGCUGAGUUCUCCCUCCCUCUUUCUUCUGAGCCCAAACUGGGGGAAUAUACCAUUAAACUAAAGGACACAUCUCACACCUUCACUGUGGAGGAAUAUGUACUUCCAAAAUUUGAGGUUGAUAUCCAGUUCCCUAAGUAUAUCCUCUGUAACAGUCCCCAGUUUCCAGUUAAAGUUUGUGCCAAGUAUACAUAUGGGAAACCAGUCCAAGGGGUUGUUACAGCCUCUGUUUGUCAUGAUCUUGAAGUCUAUUACUGUACUUGGUGGUGUACAGUAGGAAAAACACCCAAAUGUGCUAAUUUCACUGGAGAGUUGGACAGAUCUGGGUGUCACGAAUUUGAGGUCAAGCUUGAGCUUUUUCAGCUAAAAAAUGACAGUAGUGAGGAACUGAGAGGUGAAGCUUCUGUAACAGAGGAAGGGACAGGGGUGAAGCUAUCAUCAUCAACCAGUAAAACCAGGACAACAUAUGUCAUCAAUAAAUUGUCUUUUAUUAAUACUGACAUGAACUACAAGCCUGGCAUCCCAUACAGUGGAGUGAUUACAGUGGAAGAUGCUGGAGGUGUGCCUAAACCAAACAUUACAGUUAAUCUGAAGUAUGGACAAGACACGGAGGGCCUAACCUUAGUGAGCGAUGAGAAUGGCAAAGCGUCUUUUACUCUAAGUACAACCAACUGGACAAAAUCUGUAUUCUUGAGGGCAAAGACAGAAAAUAUUCCUGAAGUUCCUGGUAUUUAUCCGCUGGAUUAUGGUGAAGCCUCUCACACUGUGGUCCCCUUCCACUCUCAGAGCAAAAGCUUCUUGAGACUCCAUUCUCCGGAUAAGGUUCUCCCAUGUGAGGGACAUCAAGAGGUCCAUGUGGAAUAUACUAUUAGUCACACGGAGGUGAAAGAGGCCAAAAAGUUAUCCCUGCAUUACCUGUUGGUUUCCAAAUUUUCCAUUAAGGACUCAGGGACUGUGGAAAUUAAAACUGAAGAUGCAAAUGAAGAUAUCCAUGGAAAAGUCCUCUUGAACCUCCCUUAUAGUGCAGGAACGUCUAAUGUUCUUCAGGUCCUUGUUUACAUCUUCCUGCCUAAUGGAGAAAUAAUAGCAGAUACUGCAAAAUUCUCCCUACAGAAAUGUUUUAGGAAUAAAGUGUCAGCUGGGUUUUCCCCCAGUGAAGUUCUUCCCGGAUCAGACGUGUCUCUCGAGGUCCAGGCUUCUCCUGGGUCUCUCUGUGGUCUGCGGGUGGUGGAUCAGAGUGUGGUCCUGAUGAAACCAGAGAAAGAACUGACUGCACAGAAAGUUUUUGACCUUUUCCCUUCCGCUGAUGUAAAAACUUAUGAUCAUCGUGUUGAUGAACACGAUAUAUGUGGAUUUAAUGAAGAUGACCCUUUGGAUGUAUACAGCUUGUUUAUGGGUUUGCGCUUAAAAAUAAUAACAAGUGCAGUUAACAAACCUCUGAAAUGUCUUAAAUAUACAAUUGUAAGACACCACUGGGAUCAUUUCAUAGUUUAUUCAAGAGAUGGUAGCUUUACAGGUGACAGACAAGCCUUACCUGAUAAAGCAGACAAACCCAUAAUAAGGGGUCAUGAGCCACCAAGAGAGCCAAAAGAAAUUGAAAAAGUAAGAAAAUAUUUUCCUGAGACCUGGAUUUGGGAACUAGUUCCUCUUGGUGAAUCUGGCAGGGCUGAAAUCCAUCGAAACGCUCCGGAUACCAUCACAGACUGGAAUGCCAGAGCCAUAUGUAUGGGACCUUCUGGAUUCGGACUUUCUCCAUCAUCCCUACGAGUUUUCCAGCCAUUUUUUGUUGAUCUUACCCUCCCAUACUCUGUUGUUAGAGGAGAGUCAUUUACCCUCAAAGCUUCAGUGUUCAACUACCUGAAACAAUGUAUAAAGGUAAAUACAAUCCUUCAGACUACUGAUGAGUUAGAAGAGAAGCAUUGUGCGGACUGUCAAUAUAGCAGUUGUAUCUGUGAAGAUGAGAGCAAAACCUUCUACUGGAACCUGAAAGCUUUGAAACUGGGAGAAGUAAACAUUACUGUAAAGACAGAAGCUGUGGACACACAAGAAUUUUGUGGAAACGAGAUACCUGUUGUUCCUAAGCAAGGCAGGACUGACACCAUUGUGAAGACUGUGCUCGUACAGCCCGGUGGUAUCCUGGUGGAAAAGGCACACAGCUCUCUGGUCUGCAUGAAAGAGGAAGAUCAGCCUAAAGUAGAAGAGAUAUCGCUGAAGAUCCCUGAUAAUAUUCUAGAGGAUUCUGCAAGAGCUCAUAUAUUAGUGUUGGGAGAUCACUUGGGCUCAGCUCUGCAGAACCUUGACCGUCUCCUGGCCAUGCCAUUUGGAUGUGGGGAACAGAACAUGGUUCUCUUUGCUCCAAAUAUCUAUAUCCUGCAGUAUCUGGAGAAGACUCAUCAACUGAACAAUCAAAUCCAAAGUAAAGCCAAGAUUUUUCUGGAGAGAGGGUAUCAGCGACAGCUAACAUACAAACGUUAUGAUGGAUCAUACAGCGCUUUUGGAAAAACUGACCAAGCAGGAAACACAUGGUUGACUGGAUUUGUAGUGAAGUCCUUCAGCAAAGCCCGACCUUAUAUCUUCAUAGAUGAAACUCACCUGGACGACUCCUUCACAUGGCUGAAAAAGAAACAGAAAAAGACCGGAUGUUUCUACAGUGUGGGGAAGCUUUUCAAUAAUGCCAUGAAGGGAGGUGUAAAAGAUGACAUUUCUCUCUCUGCCUAUAUAACUAUAGCACUUUUGGAGGCCGGAGUAUCUGAACAGGAUCCCUUACUGGGAAAAGCCUUAUCCUGCCUGAGGAAGGCCUCCGUGGAUGUGAGCAAUGUAUAUACCCAGGCUCUUCUGGCCUACACCUUCACAUUGUCUGGGGAGACUGAACUCAGAAAAACCUUGCUGGACAAAUUGGAAAAAAAAGCAGUGCGGGAAGAUGGACAAGUUUACUGGAAACGGGACUCCACCCCUCCUCCAGAAGACUCAUAUUGGUCCCGAGCUCCCUCAGCAGAAGUGGAGUUGACGUCCUAUAUGCUACUAGCUCAACUUUCUGGUCCAACUCAAGAUUUAGGUAGAGCUAUAGAGAUUGUCAACUGGUUGAGCAAGCAGCAAAAUCCUUAUGGAGGAUUCUCUUCUACACAGGACACAGUGGUGGCUCUUCAGGCUCUGGCCAAGUAUGCAGAGUUGAUGUUUUCUGACAAGGGAGAUGUGACUGUGGCAGUCACCUCCAAGUCAGGAUUCCUUGAGCAGUUCCAUGUGGACAAGAAUAACCGGCUUCUUCUCCAAAGGGCAUCACUAUCUAAAGUCCCAGAAGACUACACGGCAACAGUAACAGGGGAUGGUUGUGUCUUUGUUCAGGCAGUAUUGAGAUACAAUGUCCCUCCUCCAAAAGGCGAGGCCACCUUCACAUUAAGUGUAAAAUCAUCUUCAAUAAGCGGAUGUCUGGAGGAUUCUGGGAAGAAAUUUGAAAUUCUUAUCACAGCCGCCUAUACUGGUGCCAGGGAAAAAUCUAACAUGGUUGUUAUUGAAGUCAAGAUGUUAUCUGGCUACAUUCCAGUGAAGAACACAAUAAGGAAGCUGGAGAAGAACAAUCUGAUACAGAGAAGUGACAUCCAGACUGACUCCGUGACUUUUUACCUGGACCAGAUGGAUCAGAAUCCAGUAAACCUCUCCUUCAUGGUGGAACAGGACAUUGUGGUGAAGGAUCUAAAACCGGCUACAGCAAAAGUAUACGAUUACUAUGAGACAGAUGAACAGGCCAGUGCAGAAUACAACCACCCCUGCAGUCAUGAUAAAUCUGGAAAUUCUAAAUGAGACCGGGCUAUUGCGUAUACUGCAUCAGCACCCACUACCCAGCAAUGAAAAGCAACUGGAAAAAAAAUAAUAAACUGUAGUAUUUCAAAAUGGCAACUAAAAUGUGUCUGAUA